GACGGGGAGCAAGCUGAGCAAGGAGCAGUGGCAGGAGCAAGCGGGGCACGCCCUGGGGCCCGCCCUGGGCGUGCUGGCGCCUGCUCGCUGGCCCGCUGCUGGCUCCCUUUCCAGUGCUCGCCCGUUGCCCCGCCCGGAACGGCGGCGCGUCUGCUGGGGCCCCGGGCCAGGGCGGCAGAGGAUGUCCAGGUGGCGGCUCGCGGGCUGCCCCAGCGGGCUGACGAACCUCCCCCGCGCGAGCAGGUCGCCCGUCGCGGCUCCAGAGAGGAAGGCCGACCUCGACCACGGGGCCCUCGCCGAGGCGGGCGGCCGCGGCGCGGACAAAGCCGCCCAGCUUCCAGUGCUGCAGGCGCUGGGAGAGGUUGGCGGUCCCCGGGCGCUCGAGCGGGAGCCGCAGAAGUGGCCCGCCUACGUCGACGCCGCAGCCUUUGCCCAGCUCGGCUGCGACGCCACCCGGAUGCCGUGGAGCAUGGCGCUCUAUGGCAGGCAGAUGACCAGAUUUGGGCGCCUCGAGGAACGCGAGCGCUUCUGGGAGAUGCUGGCGUCUCUGCGUGCUCUCCGCGGGCCCCAGCGGUUCGAUCUCUUCGGCGCGCGGAUCGGCCAGUUCAUGGCGGCCACGCAGCAGUCGGUGAAUUCGCAUGGCUCCUGGAGGUUGGUUUGGUUGAUCACGGGCUUCCCAGAUCCACGGUCCAGAUCGGGCCGGCCGCCAGGAGGCCCGGCGCGCGCCGCAGGGGUCGCUGCCUCGGUCGCCUACUUGCGCGAGACAGCUCUCGAUGGCGCCCUCAGGAGAAGGGGCGGAGACGCCGCCAAUGACCGCGGCAGCAAAGGAGUCAAUGCCACUCCUGACCGCGGCGGCGUCGCUGGCAUCCACGGGGCCGUGACAGCUGCCCCCGUGUGCGUGCGCGUGAUCCACUGGGUCGCGGUGGCGGCGCUCCUGCGGCUCGCGCAACCAGGGGGCCUCCCAUUGCGCGCGGGCCUCCCUGUCCGCGCUGGGCUCUUCUGCGUGGAGAAGAAGGGCGUCUGCGGACUGGGGGUGAUCAUCGACGGGUGGCGUCGCAACUCCCAUGAGAAGUCCCCGAGAGAGGUCUUCCUCCAGUAUGCGCUUGCCGCCGAGAUCCCCGGCGGCCGACGCGCCUGCCUCGAGCGCCUCGCCACCGCCCUCUACGCUUCGCAGUUCGCGGAGCUGUUCCUCCAGAGGGGCGGGUGUUUCUCAAUCUCCGCGGGCGAUGCCGAGGAUUUCUUCUACCUCCUGCAGCGGCCGGGCGCCCGGGUCCAGGAUGCCGCUCUUGGCUUUGACCCCGGGUCCAGCGAGCUGCUGGAACGCAGGGUCUUCUACGGGGUGGGUGUCUACCCCGGCGACCGCGCGGUCAUCGGGCUCGGCGAUGGCCUCGCCUCCGGCCCGAUCAGGGCGUGCGUCGAGAGCGCCGGGCAUGCGAUCGGGGGGUUCGUGCCGUCCAGGAACUUCGGGAACAACAUAGUGGAGCUCGAUGGGGCCUCGAGGGAGUACUCCCAGCAGGACAACGUCUCCGUAGCCAUGCCUUUGCUCGUCAGUUUCGAUUUUCAGCAGGCCUUCCCAAGUGUGGCCCAUCAAUGGCUCUUCUUGGUUCUCCGUCGCGCAGGAUUGCCCGAGGCGCUAUGUUGGUUCUUCGCCGAACUGUACCGCUGCGUCCAGUGCUGGUCGGCUAAUGCGUGUUCGUCGUCCAUCAACAACUCCGUCUAUGGGAACGCUGCGCUGCUCUACUACAUCCAGAGCGGCAUAGUACAAGGCUGCCCUGGCUCGGGCUUCUUGUUCGCAGUGGCCGCGGACCCGUUCAUGCUCGACUUCGACUGGAGUAUCAACCGUCGUGCUCUCGGAUUGGUUCGUGCUUGCGCCGACGACGUCGGUGCCGCCAUCAGGACCAUCAGGGCGCUCAAGAUCUUCUUCCGCAUCUUUCGGGCUGCCGCUCGUGUUGCUGCCCUGGUGCUCAAGCCGUCGAAGUGCAAGAUUGUGCCAUUAUGCGGCCCGUUCUCGGAGGAGACUCAUGACCAAUACGCUCAAUGGAUCGCCGACCACCUCCCGACAUGGUCCUCGUUCAAGAUCGUUCCAGAGCUUCUACACCUCGGACUUUAUCUCGGACCCGCUGUGCAUCUUCAGAGCUGGCACGCACCAAUCCAGAAAUGGAGAGAACGUGGCCUGAUCCUCGCUCAGCAGCAGGGGCCACACCGUGUGACGGCUCAGCUCUACUCGUCAAGGGUCACCAGUGUCCUGACAUACGUCGCCCAGUUCAUGCCGCUCCCAGCUGAGAUCCUCUCAAGUGAGGCAGCGCUCCUUGCCCGCCUGUGGCGUUCGCCGCACUGUGUAAUCUCUCGCGCAGGCUUUUUCAACCUCUGGAGGUGGGGAGGGCCGAAGUUCCCGAGCGCUCUCAUUCUGUCGUCGGCCACUCUCCUUAGAUCCAGUGCCACCACCCUCCAGAGCUGGCCAUCCGUCCUUGCCUCUCUCCGUGAAACCGCGGACCGAUGCCUGCCCCUCCCCAUCCGUGCUGCUGGAUCUCUGUCUCCCUCAUUCUGGCGCCAGCCAUCGUUCGCGGAAUUCCUGUCCUCCGCCGCAGCUUGCUAUCCUGCCAACAUCGGGCAAGAUCUGGUCACCUCCUCCUCCCCCGCUCGCGAGCUCCUCGCUGCUGCUGCCACCUCUGCUGUUACCUCACUCCCUCCUCCUCCCCCGAAUCGCC